GUGAGGGAAUGCCUGCGAGCCGGGGAAGGAAGUGGCCGCGCUCUGCAGCAGUGGGCAAGGCUCGCGCCGGGAGAGGAGGCUGCCAGCCGGGUCCGUGUCGCUGCCGAGGGGCAGAGGGAGAGCCGGGCCGCCCCUCCUCCCGCCACAGCCGCGGCAAGAGACCUGCCAGGCAGCCGCCCAGCCGCGCCGGGAGCCCGGGGAUUGCCGCGGCAGCUCCCCCCUGGCCAGCGGCACCGCGGAGCCCCGCUGCCCUGCCCGCCCUCGCCGGGGAUUAUGCGAGAGGGAAGCGGGCAGGUCGGCAGCCCGCUCCUGGUAGCCGGGGAGAGCAGCAGCAGCAGCCGAGCGAGCGCUGGGGCCGCAGCCGGAUGUUGACAUAUGUGGACCAACAGUGACAUCCUACGUCAGCAAUGCUGCGUUGACUCCCUCCUGCAUUCAGAAGCAUCCAGAGAGAUUUCAUAUGUACGGGGUCCUCAAUGCACUCACUUACCAUUAUUUAAGGAGACUCUACUAGAAAUAUCUGGAUUGCAUUUCUGAACUGACAAAAAGGCUUGGACUUCAAGAUGCUUAUAAAGGAAUAUCGUAUUCCAAUUCCAAUGAGUGUGGAAGAGUAUCGGAUUGCCCAGCUGUACAUGAUACAGAAAAAGAGCAGAGAAGAGACAUGUGGAGAAGGCAGUGGAGUGGAGAUCCUGGAGAAUAGGCCAUACACGGAUGGUCCUGGUGGCAUUGGGCAGUAUACCCAUAAAGUGUACCAUAUUGGUAUGCAUAUACCCAGUUGGUUUCGGUCUAUCCUGCCAAAGGCAGCUUUAAGAGUUGAAGAGGAGUCAUGGAAUGCAUAUCCUUACACAAGGACAAGGUAUACGUGUCCUUUUGUGGAGAAAUUCUCUAUUGAUAUUGAAACGUAUUAUAAAGCCGAUCCAGGGGAUCAUGUCAAUGUAUUCAACCUUUCUCCUGCAGAAAAAAGACAGACAAUUCUUGAUCCUAUUGAUAUUGUUAAAGAUCCUAUCCCACCACAUGAAUACAAGUCAGAAGAGGAUCCAAAGGUUUAUAAAUCUGUGAAGACUAAAAGAGGGCCAUUGUCCGAGGACUGGAUUGAGGGGUACAAGAACAACCCUGGGAAAUAUCCCAUCAUGUGUGCAUAUAAACUGUGCAAAGUGGAGUUCAGAUACUGGGGGAUGCAGUCCAAAAUCGAGAGGUUUAUCCACGACGUUGGCCUUCGGAAGGUAAUGGUGAGAGCCCACCGGCAGGCGUGGUGCUGGCAGGAUGAAUGGUAUGGGCUCACCAUCGAGGAUAUCCGGCAGCUCGAGAAGGAGGCACAGCUGAUGCUGGCUCAGAAGAUGGCCCAGUUCAGCUACAGUGAAAGUGAGGCAGAGCAGCAUGGAGCAAAAGACUCCCCAGGCAAGAAUGAUGCUGAAAGCAACGCCAUGUCCUCCGUCGACGCAGCAGACGCUGCUAGUAAUAUUGGUGAAGCCGUGUCUGGGAGAGGGAUAACCAAGCAAUGGUCCACGUCUUCCAAAUCCUCGCGAUCUUCAAAAAGAGGAGCAAGCCCCUCCCGCCAUAGUAUAUCCGAGUGGAGGAUGCAGAGCAUUGCCAGAGAUUCAGACGACAGCUCAGAUGAUGAAUUCUUUGAUGCACAUGAGGGCUUGUCCGAUAACGAAGAGAUGUUCCCAAAAGAAAUCACCAAAUGGAGUUCCAACGAUCUCAUGGAUAAAAUUGGAAGCUCUGAAUGCGAUGUACAGGAUGACUUGUAUCAUGAAACAUCAACAGAGUACCAUGUUGGGUCCAGUGUGGAAAGGCUAAGCAUCAUCGAGGAUGAAUCAGUGCACCCAUCAAUGCAGCCAAGCAAAAUCCACGUCCUAAUCUUGGUACUACAUGGAGGAAACAUCCUGGAUACAGGAAGUGGUGACCAGAAUUCAAAACAAGGAGAUGUCAAUACUAUCACAACAGUGUUUGAUACAGUAAUGAGGGUACAUUACCCAGCUGCUCUUGGACACAUUGCACUCAAGCUAGUCCCUUGCCCAGCCAUCUGCUCAGAAGCCUUUUCACUGGUAUCCAACCUUAGCCCUUACAGUUAUGAUGAAGGAUGCCUCUCCAAUAGUCAGGAUCACAUUCCACUCGCUGCACUUCCUCUGCUAGCAACAUCAUCCCCACAAUAUCAGGAGGCAGUAGCCACGGUGAUUUUGAGAGCCAAUCAAGCUUACAGCGAGUUCAUUAAAUCACAAGAAGGCACAUCAUUUACUGGCCAGGUCUGUUUGGUAGGGGACUGCGUAGGAGGAAUCCUGGGAUUUGAUGCCUUAUGUUACAGCAAUCAGACUGUGUCUGAGAGCCAAAACAGCAGCCGACGAGGGAGUAUUGUGAGUGUGCAGGACACUGACCUCCUGUCUCCUGGAAUAAUUGUGAACAACAGUUAUUGUUCCAGUGGCUCCAACCUGGAGGCCAGCAGACACCUCAGCAGAAGCAACAUUGAUAUUCCUCGGAGCAACGGAGAGGAUCCAAAGAAGCAGCUGCCCCGAAAAAGGAGUGAUUCAUCAACCUACGAAAUGGACACAAUAAAGCAACAUCAGGCAUUCCUUUCAAGAAAUGGUUUACAUUCUAGUGUUCUGAGAAAUGACCCAGGAUCCAGACGAUCGAGUAGCUCCACAAUGUUGGAUGGAGGAAACCUUGGAAAAUUUGAAUUUGAGAUCACGGAUUUCUUCCUGUUUGGGUCUCCCUUGGGCCUGGUCCUUGCAUUGAGAAAAACCGUCAUCCCAGCCCUUGACAUCUUUCAGCUGAGGCCAGCCUGCCAACAAGUCUAUAACCUGUUCCAUCCUGCAGACCCAUCUGCCUCACGCCUGGAACCCCUUUUGGAAAAGAGAUUCCACAUGUUGCCUCCCUUCAAUAUUCCACGCUACCAGAGGUUCCCAUUAGGUGACGGCAGUUCUGCUCUUCUGGUUGAGACAGUCCAGAACAACCCCAUCCUCCUUGUGGAAAGCAGCCCAUUGGUUGCUCUCCAGCGCCAGGACAGCUUCAUGGAAACCAGUAUACCUGUUCCAGUUCUGAAUUGGCAAGAUGUUUCCAAUAAAAAUGCCGUUUUUGCUGAGUCAGAUGUUGUUCAGUCUCAUGGUGCAGUCUUCAUGGAAAAUGCGUCCCUUUCCACCCCCAUUACAACCCCUCAGUUCAGGGGAUUCCGGAGGGCCAGUGAGAUCAGCAUUGCCAGCCAGGUCUCAGGAAUGGCAGACAGUUACACUGCUUCCAACAUAGCUAACAAAAACAAAAAUCGUCUUAACCAUGCCAGAGGAGGAUUUAGCUUUCUGUCCCAACUUGCCCUCCCUCACAAAUCCCCCACCCAAGCCUCGCCCAAGAGACGUAGGCAACGUAAACAUGAAAUACCCCAGAACCAUUUAGGAAGAAGGCUUGAGGGGCCAUCAAGUUGGGAUCCGGACUCUAUUCUACAAAUACCAGAUCUGGACAUCAAGAAAGUUGCUGCCAGAUGGUGGGGAACAAAAAGAAUAGACUAUGCCCUUUACUGUCCCGAUGCACUGACUGCCUUUCCGACGGUAGCCUUACCACACCUCUUCCAUGCAAGCUACUGGGAAUCGACAGAUGUAGUCUCCUUUCUGCUGAGACAGGUGAUGAGACACGAAAACUCCAGCAUUCUGGAACUGGAUGGAAAGGAGGUCUCUGUAUUCACUCCUUCAAAGCCCAGGGAGAAGUGGCUGCGCAAGAGGACGCAUGUUAAGCUAAGGAAUGUCACAGCCAACCACAGAAUCAAUGAUGCCAUCGCUAAUGAAGACGGACCCCAGACCUUAACAGGAAGGUUUAUGUAUGGGCCGUUAGACAUGGUCACGCUCACUGGGGAAAAGGUGGACAUUCACAUCAUGACCCAGCCGCCAUCUGGAGAGUGGAUUUACUUUGACACCGAAAUCAGCAACAGCAGUGGCCGGAUUUCCUACGUUAUCCCUGAGAACAAGCGUCUGGGGAUUGGCGUAUAUCCCAUCAAGAUGGUGGUCAGGGGUGACCACACAUAUGCAGAUAGCUAUAUCACCGUUCUACCUAAGGGGACGGAAUUUGUGGUCUUCAGCAUUGAUGGUUCCUUUGCAGCCAGCGUGUCUAUAAUGGGUAGUGACCCCAAAGUCAGAGCUGGCGCAGUUGAUGUUGUAAGGCACUGGCAAGACCUUGGCUACCUCAUUAUCUAUGUCACAGGCCGACCUGAUAUGCAGAAGCAAAGGGUGGUGGCAUGGUUAGCACAGCACAAUUUCCCCCAUGGGAUAGUCUCAUUCUGUGAUGGGCUUGUCCAUGACCCACUGCGGCACAAGGCCAACUUCCUGAAAACCCUCAUUACAGACCUCCACAUGAGGAUCCACGCCGCAUACGGAUCCACUAAGGAUAUUUCAGUCUACAGCGCCAUUAGUUUGCCACCCACGCACAUCUAUAUCGUUGGCCGACCAACCAAGAAAUUACAGCACCAGUGUCAGUUCAUUACUGAGGGGUACGCAGCCCACCUUGCCCAGCUGGAGUAUAACCAUCGCUCCCGGCCUGCCAAAAACACGACCCGGAUGGCAUUGAGAAAAGGCAGCUUUGGUCUCCCCAGCCAGCCAGAUUUCCUGCGCAAGAGGAACCAUUUGCUACGUACCAUCUCCUCACAGCCCCCGGGGACGAGCGGGAAUGCCAGUCACAGACCUGAACGAACGCAGAGCCAGUCGGACAGCGAUAGGGAGAGAGAGCGGGAGCGUAGCCAAAGAAGCAUGAGCAUUGCCACUGGGUGCUGGGGCCGGAGCGCAGCCUCAAAACUGGAAUCUGGCACUUUAGGUCAGAAGUAGAGCCAGCCAGGAGCCAGUGACAGUCGGCCACAGCCACCGGAGGAGAAACAGAAGGAAUAAAGGACAAGGCCAGCAGUGUGAGAUGGAAGGGUAAAUAUGGUGCUACUCUCUAACAACAACAUGGUAUGCUAGGAGGAAAGGCUGGUGUAUUUUCCACAUGGAAUGUGCAGGCCUUAAAAUGGCGUGUUGGGUUUGCAGAGCACUAGCCCGAAAAACCAUUUGAAAUUAGGGAACCAAGGGGGAAAACAAACAGUUUCCAGAUCAAGACUAUGCUCUCUUCUGCCUCCUUUUCUUAUCCAGGUUUAGCGACUGUAAAUAUGUGCCUCCCUCACCUUCUUAGCCAUCAAUCAGAUACACGUGACUGAGUGUGAUCCUCAGUGCCAUGGGGUGGAAGGAGAAGUCUGGUUAGACCUUUCACUUGGGUUGUUCCAUUAGCCAGACUGAAAGAGACUGCUGGAUACCAGUACUUUUUUGUGUGUUUUUAAACUAAGUAUGUCAUUUCCAAGGUGCAGAGAGGCUGAAACGAGAGGCUUCUUCUGCACUGGGUGAAGCAAUCAAGUGUUUUACAUGUACAGAGAGCUUAGAAUUCAUCCACUUUGUACCCAGGAGGAUGUAUAUCAGCAAGGCAUUAACCAAGUGUCAACUGCUGUUGGUAGGAGCCGUAUGUCAGCAGAUUGAUACUCUAGAAAGUGGGGUCAUUCGUUUUUUGGUUUUGUUUUAAACAUUUUGAAAGGGGAUGGAAUUUAAUGCAUUAAGCUAUUAAAAAAAACAAGGAGUUUUGUUUUAGCUGUUAAAAACAUCAGCCACUUACUUUACUGUAUAGUUCUCCAAGUAUUACUGCUGUAUAUUAUUUCAGAAACUAACCACCAUAUAUUUAAGUGUCUGAAAGUACUCAACAACUAGAUUACACUGCAUUUCCUGUCAAAAUGCAGAGUCCAAAUAUUUCACCACUAUCCCCAACUCAGAGACAUUUCUUCUUCCCAGGUCCUCUCCGAUAUCAGUAACAGCUUUCACGGGAAUUAGACUUGUUUCUUUUAACUGUAGUUAUUCAACUGUAAAACCUCAUUGUUUUUGCACUGAUAAUUUUUAGAAUGGAGACCUGUUACCAUCUCAUGUAGCUACACCUAAUUGUUUGUAGUGCAUGACAAUUAAAUAUUACUAAGCCAGGGUGUGUGUAUAUAUAUACAUGUAUAUUAUAUAUAUAUAAAUUUGUGCAGAAGUUUUUCCAACAAUAAGGAGAUUGUAAGGAAGUGUGCCAACUAAGUUGCACAAGCUUAAGAAAAGGCCAUAUCUUAAUUUUCCUAGCCUCUCUUUCAGUGGAUGUGUGUGAGCUGAUGGUUUGGUGCGCUGCCAUGACUUGAAUCUCUCUCUUGCACUGAGCAUGCCAGGGUCUGGGAGCACUGCAGAGGUGACAUUUCCAGUCUGCAGGACAACGUGCUGGGCUGCUUGCUAGCACCCCCUACCGACCACUGCAGAAGAGGAAAUUGUCAGCCACAAGGUAUUCAAAGGUGAAGGACAUAAUUUAAGGAGGAGCAGAGAACAGUGCCUAGAACAGAGGGGUUGCCUGAAAGCCCUGCCCCCUCCCAGGUCAAACUAGCCAGGAUUUCUGAAUUUCCAGCCUCGGUGAAGGGUGCAGCUUCCUUCUUGCACACACCAACUGGGGUAUGGGAAAUAUCCACACUGGGAUAUUUGGGGCUCCCACCUGCCUAUUUCACAUGAAGAUUUUAUAUUCAUAGCACAUUCAUUGGCUAAGUUUUAUCCUGCUCUCCUCCACCACAAUAUACUAUGUUUAUAUCACUUUCUACUUACAAGGAUCUUAUUUAUAACAGAUUUUUUAGACUGUCUGCUUCAUUUUAUUAACUGUUUCAGUACUAAGUGCAGCACUUCUGCACCGAGACACACAGCACUGUGAACACUGCUCUGCUAACCGGCUCAGAGCUGCAGUAGGCAGACAUAACUCAUCCAGGCAUCAAAAAUCUUAUUUCAUGACUACUGCUUAAACCUCAAGUUUCAAAACUAAUUUAGAAUGUGUGCUCUAUCCCUACAGUGAUAUAAAGAGGACAAUGUUUAACUACUGAGAAUGUCCAGGUUGAUGGAGCUUUAACAGAUCCACCCACUAACACAGUGCAUCUCACUUACUCUUAGCCUCAUUGCAAACUACUACGCCAUUCAUCUUUGAUAAUUAUCAUAUUACAGAACAUACGUACAGAUUUUUACUACUGAAAAAAUUACUUCCCUUUCUGCUGACUCAGCCUAGUUACCUUGAAUGUAUAUCCAAAGCUACUGGGUAAAAAUGUGAAUUGUGUCAUAGCUUUUUGCUAGUUGAAUAUUGUACCAAACUGUUGCCAUCUGACUUAGAAGCAAGCCGCAGUCCAUUCUGUAAAGUAACCAAACCAUGAUCACAAAGCGUAUUUGCAAAUUUGGAUAUGGCCUUUACAAAGUUCAAUCUUACUCUGAAAGAAGAGUCCACAAACCAAGGCAUGAUAUGUACAUUUUUUUCAAAACGCAGAUGAGACGUUAACAUUUUCUUGUGUGUAGAUAGUGUAAAACUGAGGAUAAUGUAAAUGUUAAAAAAACAAAAGUGGGUAUAUACAAAGUGAAAGUUAUUUAUUUUAUGUAGAGAAAAAGUGUCUGGAGGGAACAGAACCUUCAGAGAUUAUUAAUAUUAAAAUGUAGCUUUUUUGUUUCAGGCAUUAUGUACAAAGCAAUUAUUUUAUGGACCAAGUUUAAUGUAAUUGUCAAUGACCGCAGAAGUGCAAUAUUAUAAUCACCUCUCCAUCACUCCAUAUUUUAAACCAAUAAUGAUCAGUGAGACUGACAAUCAUAGCACCUGUGUUCUGACCCUUUGUUAAGCUUCUUGGAUUUUCCAACUUCUCCCCCAUCUGUUUCCAUUGUAAGAAUCCAUACAGAGAAAACAAUGAUAGUGCAGAAUCUUUGUUCAUCACUGCAAUAAUAGCCGAUAUGUGGCCAUGUAUUAACAUGAAAUAUGUGGAUAGUUUUUUUUCACCCAUACAGGUACACUAUAGUUCCCCAUGAAUCUAUCGUCUCAUACAUCCCUGUCUUCUUCUUGUCUGUCUGAAGCGAAGAUCAGUAUAUUACGCUGUCAUUCUAAGAACAAUAGCAAUAGUUUAACUUUGUGUUUAUAAACUGCUCUGAAAUGGUCUAGGGAGUGGUGCAUUUGAAACAAAAUCUCUUUCCAAAUGCACAAAAGAGGCUGCACUGGGAUACAGUUAGGGAAAGCUGAAUGUAUUUUCCAUUCUUAUUAAAGGGGCACUGUCAGGUUAAAGACCUUAUUUACCUUUGUUACAAGUAACAGUUCUGAGUUGUUUAAAACAGAAGGAAUAUUAAAAGUUUGUUAUACUUUUCACCGUUAUGCUGGUUAGUUCCUUUUUGCAUUCAUCAGCUUGGCCAAGGAAAACAGACUAGUUGGUUCUGGUAACUAUCACUUCCUGGUUCUCAUGCACUCAGCACAAAGCCGCAAUGUUUAUAUUGCGAGGACCGGACAGAGGGAUUUAUUUAUUGGGUUUUAAAAACCAACACCUGUUUCCACUGGAAUUAAACAUUCGUGGAAACAUUUCUGUGGAUCUGAAAUAUGUGGAUUUUUCUAAAAAGCAGCUUUUCUGUAAUCUGAACGUUGGGACAGAAACCUGACACUGUCCCUUUCCAGUUUUUCUUCUUUUUUUUAAAUCCAAACUGUCACUUUAAUUCCUUAUUUUCUUCUUUUGAUAAAUUAUUAAAAAGGCAAAAUUUUAAUACCAAAAAAAAAUGUGUCUAGUGUUAGAAGAUACGUUAAAUGAAAACCAAUAGCUAACCAAAGGGUUACUAACAAACCGCUCUUCCCACAAGCAACCUGCACUUCUUGUAGUAGCCCCUGCUCUUCAGGUAUCUUCACCUUUGCUGCAUUUUCCUAUUAGUUCUAGAAGCCUUACGUUUUUCUCCCUCUCCUUGUAUGAAAACCCUGGAUAUUGAUAUCCUUGACUGUCAAUUUUAUAUUCAAUAAUGUUCUAUUUUAUUUAUAAAAAAAAUCUUUUAGGGAUACAGGUGGGGGGGGAACUACAUCAUCGCUUAAUUUGACAGACACACCUGCACCCCACCAGGGAAUGAGAGUUAGACCCGAGUCUGCCGCUUCCUGGUUUUCAUUUUGUGUAUUAUGUUGUGUGUGUAAAAUACUGUUAAGAUCUAUUUGCUUGUAUGUAACAAACCAUAACUACUGUACAACUUCCUUUUCCUCCUUGCUGUUAGUGCAUUGUUCUAAUGCCUGGGUGUGCUUUGUGUACAGUAUCUUUGUACAUUACACAGAUUAAAGAAACGGGAAGGCUA